GCUAAGACUGCAUGUGCAUCACGAAAAGUGGGCGCUUGAUAGUCCUCCUCCAGCCGGCAUUGGCGAAGCAGGAUAGACGAUGGACAAGAUGCAGCAUCAGCUCGGACGGAGCCCUCCCUCCCUGAUGAUAAGCCAAAACACUCUUCCGGUGGCGCCAUGCAAGUACGGCGCAUGUUGCUCGCAGAGCCAAGUGCAGUACCAGCAGAGCUGGAUCAUUACCCUACGACUUGGAAGCUGCUCGAUUGGCACGGCUUGACAUGGUCCCAACCCCUCAGGCUGGAUGUAUUUGUGCCUCGCACGCUCAUCAGCGCCCUGUCCCAAUGGCAAUGAGUCUAGAUUUGGCAGCAGCGAUGUAUUAUCGAACGGCCAGGCUCACUAGGCCAGGAACCAGUCCCGCCACAGACUACCGACUGAGAGCGAGAAAUAGAGAGAGGGGAGAAAGGCCACAGUUGUUAUUACCCAUGGAAAUGGCUCGUAGCUGACCACAACAAUGAUGAGGAGACUGAUGAUUACGAUGUACAGUACAUACGUAUUACCACUGCCACGAGUACAUACGCACGGGGUAUUACAGCUGCUGUACCACCAGGUACGGUCGUGCUCGACGCUCAUUACCGGUUUGAUACUACUGGCACUAGCUGCAGAGGAGCCAUGAACAUCAAUCGCCCAGCCUGACUGGUCAAUCAACGGCCGAUUCAGGGGGGACGCAAGGGAAGCAGGGAAGCAAGGAGGCUGGGGAGCUCUUGGUCGCCCUUUGGGGUCCCAUCCGCUUACCGCUGGGUUGCAGCAUCAUGUCCGAGGAGUCCACUGGCGACUGGAGACCCGAGUACGCCUGAGACGCAGCCUCGAGAGACCAGUGGCCGAGACGCCUGCUGAGGCCGCUGAGCUUGCAGGGGAGUUGGAUGAGGUUGGCUGAGUGUGGGGACGAUGGCGGAGACGAGAGGCCAGGAUACGACAGCACUAGGCCGGUUGUGACGAGAAUAAACAACAACAUGGCGAGUCCCGGGGGCAGGUCGACAUGGAGGGCCGAUAGGCUUACCCUCCUUGGCGAGGCAACACAGCGAGCACGCCUAGGACCGCCAGCCCGGCCCCCGACCUCAAAAGCCCAUCGAGCGUCGUCUGCUUCCGAUCUGGUUUUCCUCUCCUCCAGUUAUCACAGUCUCCCCGCCAGAAACAAAGGAACAAAAGAAAGAAAAGACUCUCAGAGGUAUCCAAUCCCUCUCUCUUUUCUCUCUCUCUUCGACUUUUGUUUCAGGAACAAAAGCUUGAGGAUCCUUCUUGUCUUCCUUUCGUGAUCUUACGGAAGGUUGUAUGAGAAGAUUCUCUCGCGCCAGCGCAAGCCGUCAACCUGGACUUUGAAGCCCGAGUUCCCGUGCCCUUUAGUAUCUUCCCGUCCACUUACAAGGACAACGAAGCAGCACGCCCUCAGACCCAAAUCAGCGUUCACGAGGAGGUUCAACUCACCCUCCCUCAACACAAGCCAGCCGGACGGGAGGGUCAACACUCUUCUUUCCCGCAACACGCCGACUCAGCUCCUCCUCGCGGCGAACACCGCUUUGAAGAAGAGGUCCGUAUCACGCGUGAGGAAGAACGUCACCGCCGUCCCGGUUCCCGCCAGUCUGAACGCUUCGUGAAGGAAGAGUUCAAAUCCAUCCCACCUCCUCCUCGCGACUACACUGAGACUCAAGUCCAAGUCGACACUUCUCGCCGCUACACCAACCCCAUUGACGCUGCUGAGCGUGAGUAUCGGGAACGUAUCCGUCCUCACCACCCAGAGAGCUCCACCGGCCUCGAACUAGUUGUUCGCCGUCCUCGUCACUCCGACAAGUCUCACCACCACCACCACCACAAGUCCUCCGACUUCACCGUUGUCGACGAGCACACUUCUGUUGCCCGUCCCAAGUUCCGUGAGGAGAUCAAGAUCACCGAGGAAAUCCGCGAGUCUACUCCGCAAGUCCCCGAACAAUCCGCCAAGAUGGGUUACUACGACGACGAGGGCUCUUACCACUCCCUCAAGCACGGCGUCGCCAAGACGAUCGACAAGCUGCUCCCUCAUCACCACCACCAUCACCACCACAGUGAUCACCACCACCACAGUGACCAUCAUGACCAUAAUAACACUACGAUCACAGAGCACGUUGAAGUUGAUGUUGUCCGCCACGAUGCUAAUCACUCGCGACGCGCAGCUCCCGCCACUGAGUCGCAGCCUCAGACUGUGUCCAUCCCCUGCCACCACAUCCGCCUGGGUGACUUCCUGAUGCUCCAGGGCCGACCAUGCCAGGUCAUCCGCAUCUCGACCUCGUCCGCCACUGGCCAGUACCGCUACCUUGGUGUUGACCUCUUCACCAAGCAGCUGCACGAGGAGUCCUCCUUCAUCUCCAACCCUGCCCCCAGCGUUGUUGUCCAGACCAUGCUCGGCCCCGUCUUCAAGCAGUACCGCGUCCUCGACAUGGCUGACGGCUACGUCACCGCCAUGACCGAGACCGGCGACGUCAAGCAGGGCCUCAAGGUCAUUGACCAGUCCAACCUGUGGUCUCGUCUGCAGCAGGCUUUCGAGUCCGGCCGCGGCAGCGUCCGUGUCCUGGUCCUCAACGACGGCGGCCAUGAGCUCGCUGUUGAGAUGAAGGUCGUCCACGGCUCUCGCCUGUAAACAAUCCUCUCGAUGACAUCUUUCGUGUCUAAGGGGGAGGGUUUAUUGUCCAUCCAUCCUAUGGAUAUUCCAGGCUCGGAUCAAGCCUGAAUAAUGUGAAAAAUACCCCAUGGGCUUGGAGUGAUACGUGGAACGGUUUGUCAUUUUUUUGGAUCGGGCUGGGAUGUAUUUUGGUCAUGAGGCAGAGUGCCCAGUAGAUAGGAUCUACCUAUGUGCAGCACUGUAAUUUAAGAUGGAUUUUGCAUAAC